UUUGUUUCUCCACACUCGACUAUUUUUUUGUCUUUUUUUUUUUCUCUUUGUUCUCAGUUAUUCAUUACCUCAACCACUACCUUUCUCCCUUCUCUUUUUUCUUGACUAUCAUACAUAACAAUAACAUGAUUGCUCCUAUCGCUGGUAAAUUCCGUAAACAAAUUAUCAAAGACAUCUCUAUCGCUCUUGCCCUUGGUGGCGCUGGUGGUGCUGCUUGGUGGAACCUUUAUCACAUCCCUCAAGCCCAACGUCGCGAUGCUUAUUACGCCAAACUCGAAGCCAGCAAGCAAUAAGAUUUUUAUCACAUGGAUCUAUACAACCGCUACAGCAAAAAUUGUUAAAAACCGCCUCACAUAAUCUAUACAUCAAAAAAAAAAAAAAAAGCGUCAGCUCAAAUUAGAUGGACAAAAUCGAUUGAAAAAAAAUUAUAGUCUUGCACACAACUCGUAUCAUCUUGUUCAAAUUCGAUAUUCGAAAACUUUUUCGUUCUUUUUUUUUAUUCACAACGUUGCCAGAGAAAAAGAUUUUAUAGUUUCAAUUUAGAGAAUCUUGGACUCUACCAAUAAACUUCUUAUUCUAAUUUCAAGGUACCUAUCAACCUGUAACAGACAUGUAAAGACAACGGAAAUACACAAAGUUUUGCCCCAGUAUUGUUCAGGAUGCAUUCGCAAUGGUUUGGGUUGAGCAGAAUGGUUUAAAAAAAGAAGAAAGGAAAGAUGAAAAAAGAAAAAAAUACUGAUGACUCUCGUUGAGGCAUGCAAUGAAGUA